AGAGUGGGCAGCCUCAGGGAUUCAUCCAAGAGAGUGAAAUGAUUCAGCAUACCUGGAGGGGCUGGGAAACAUGGUGGGAUUGAACACCAUGAGCCACCUCUGUGUCUCACCAUCUCUGCCCCCCAUGACCAGGUGAAGGGAAACACGGUAAGGUCUUGUGGGGAGCCAGCAGUGAGGAGCAAAAGGCAGAGAAGAGGAAACUCAGCCUAAAGCCGAGAUGACCACAGGAUUGUGCAGCACAGGCCUUAACACUGAAGACAGUAGAUGAGACACCAAUAUGGAAACCAUGUCCUCAAACCAUGCUGUCCUGGAGCAGGGCUGUCCCCAGGAGCCCGUGCCUGCAGCCACUGCCUGUGUGGUCAGGGCUCUCUUCAGCCUCCGGCUUCACUGCAGCAGAGUCCCCUGGCCUCUCAUCACCAAGAAGUGACUUCUUCAAAGCCUCUGAGAUGCUGCUGCCCAUGGAUACCCAGAGGAGGUUACCUGGACAUGUUUCCUGGCAGGGUGGCUGUGCACUGUCCUGGAGCCCCGAGGGCUGGUCUCUCUGUGCCCACGCUCCUGUCUCCAGCAUUACCCAUCCCAGAAGGAAAUCCCCAGGUCUAUAGAGUGGGGAGGCAAUGCCCCACAGCAAACACUCUGCAUCAGCUGGGAGAGCCUGGUCCUUCCUCAGAGCGAGGUGUCAGCCCAGCACCCCAAAUCCAGGUGGGGAAAAAACUCUGACAGUGGAUAAUUCAUCCCUGUGCACCAGCCCAGCAGGAGGAUUCACCCCCUUGAGGGCAUCUGGUGGCCCCGCCAUCCCUUCCCUGGUGCUGAUGGUUGCUCUCGUCUCCCCCAUGGUGGUUCCGCAGCUCUGAGCUCACAUGCGAGGAUGGGCUAAAGUAGCGGAAAGCUGUUGGAUCCUACCACAGAGUUACUGACUUCUCAGCUACAGACUGCAUAGCAAUCAGCGAGGGGGAGAGGCAGCCAGGGAACGGGAGCAGAGCGCAAAGGGAGGAAGAGUGGAAGGGAGAGGGGGGAUUUGGGGACUAGAGCAGGGAGGCAGCAAGAGACACGGGCAAAUAAUGCCAGAAAAGGAGGGAAUCAGGCAGGAGGGGGAGACCUGAACCCAUCGCCGAGCCACGAAGGCACAUCAGCACUCCGUGGGAUGGACGCUCCUGGGAGCAAAAGAUUCUGAGAGGCAGAGGCAGGAGGAGAGCACUGGCGUGGGCAGGGCAGAGUUAGGAGAGGAGCAGGUCGCAGCAGAGAAGUAGCUCUUCGAGGGGAAAAAAUAAACCUAAGCUGGAGGCGAGCGAGGGCUGCAGAGAGACUUCCCUGAUUCCUCCGGUCUGGCUGAGACAUUUCAUGGUGAGAUGGAGAAAACGUCCGCUUUCCCCUUCCUCUGAUGUUGGCUAGGCACGGCUGGAGCAGGCAGCAGCCCUCGGCAGGACCCGGGUGUGUGCCAGGAGCACUUGCAAUGGCAGUGCCAGUCCCAGCUCACCAGAGGUGAAACCUGGAGCCACCUUGUCCCAUGUGAGUGCUGCUGCAUGAGUUCCUGUGCCAUUCCAGCUCCCGUGGCCCCCUGACAUCUGAUGAUACAGUGAGCCAUGGGCAGCGUCCGAGUCAACAGAUACAGCAUCGUCUCAACUGAAGAGGAUGGACACAAGGUCUCUGCACUGGGCAGCAUCAACGGGCACAGCCGGAAUGGGAAGGGCCACGCUCCCCAGCGGAAGCACCGCAACCGUUUUGUGAAGAAGAAUGGCCAGUGCAACGUCUACUUUGCCAACCUGAGCAACAAGUCUCAGCGCUACAUGGCCGACAUCUUCACCACCUGUGUGGACACACGCUGGCGGUACAUGCUCAUGAUCUUCUCGGCUGCCUUCCUGGUCUCCUGGCUCUUCUUUGGCUUCCUCUUCUGGUGCAUCGCUUUCUUCCAUGGUGACCUCAAUGCACCAGCUGUGGGAGGUGGUCCCUCUCUCCUAAAGCCCUGCAUCAUGCACGUGAACAGCUUCCUGGGGGCUUUUCUUUUCUCGGUGGAGACACAGACAACCAUUGGGUAUGGCUUCCGCUGCGUGACUGAGGAGUGCCCGCUGGCUAUCAUGGCAGUUGUGGUCCAGUCCAUCGUGGGCUGUGUUAUUGACUCCUUCAUGAUUGGCACUAUCAUGGCCAAAAUGGCAAGGCCCAAGAAGCGGGCCCAGACCCUUCUCUUCAGUCAUCAUGCAGUCAUCUCCGUGCGGGAUGGCAAACUGUGCCUCAUGUGGAGGGUGGGCAACCUGAGGAGGAGUCACAUCGUGGAGGCCCAUGUCCGAGCCCAGCUCAUCAAGCCCUACAUGACAGAGGAAGGGGAAUACCUCCCCCUGGACCAGCGGGACCUAAAUGUGGGCUAUGAUGUGGGUCUUGAUCGUAUAUUUUUGGUCUCACCCAUUAUUAUCGUUCACGAGAUUGAUGAGGAGAGCCCACUCUAUGGGAUUGGCAAGGAGGAGCUGGAGACAGAGAACUUUGAGAUUGUGGUUAUUCUGGAGGGGAUGGUGGAAGCCACAGCCAUGACCACACAGGCACGAAGCUCUUAUCUCGCUAGUGAAAUCCUUUGGGGUCAUCGUUUUGAACCAGUUGUGUUUGAGGAGAAGAACCACUACAAAGUGGAUUAUUCACGCUUUCACAAGACCUAUGAGGUAGCUGGCACACCUCGCUGCUCAGCCCGGGAGCUACAAGAAAGUAAGAUGACUAUCCUACCUUCUCCCCCACCUCCCAGUGCCUUUUGCUAUGAGAAUGAGCUGGCACUUGUCAGUCAAGAUGAAGAUGAAGAUGAUGACGAAGUGGGUGUGGUGUUAGGGGGCAGCACCAAGGAGGAGGGAGGUAUCAUCCAGAUGAUGGAUUUUGGAAGCCACCUGGACCUGGAGCGGCUCCAGGCAACUCUGCCUCUAGAUACAAUCUCAUACCGCAGGGAGUCAGCCAUCUAAUUCCUCCAGUCUCCCCAUUCCAUUCCUAUUGCCCACAGUCUCCUCUGUUCUGCACCCGUACACUGGAUAAGUUCCUUGACCACCAAAUGAUAUCUCCCAUGACUGCCUCUCAGCCCCUGAGUACAUCAAGGCCUGGAGCUGCUCCGGUAUACUCCCCUUCCUAUGAAGUCAUACUGCUUGGAAGAGGAGUGAGGAUACACUACUCUUCCCAGGUAUGCAGUUUAUACUAGGAUCCCUUUCCUGCCCAGAGACAGGAGAGCAGCAGGCCUGAUUUCUUGUCUCUGGAGAGGUGACAGGAGUCCCUGCCUUCAAAGGACAGACUGGGACCUGCAGCAAGUGCAUCUGCUGCUGAAGCAACAGCAGACUUUCUGUCCCCUCUCGGUACGGGUAGGCUCAAUGGCUGUCAGGGGUCAUGGCCAUCUCUAGGAGAGGAGCAAUUCCUAAGCACUGACCGGACGAGGAUGGAAGGGAGAGUUCAGGACUCCUGGAGGGAGUGGGGAAGGAUCUCAAGGGACAAGUUUACUUGCAUGUUUGUUGCUUGUUGCACACGACUGUCUCUUUGUAUAUAAAACAGAAGAAGAAAUGAAAUCCAUAUUCUUCCACUGCAAAUGUGAAGGUAGGAGACAAGGACAUACUACAUAGCCUACUCUUGGCUUUUGGUAUCUGUCACCUCCAGAAGCAGCUCAGCUCCACGGACUCAGACCCAGUUCUCCCGGUCCUCUUGAAAAACACAUCCUGCUCCUCUCCUGAAACGCCUGGCGGAGGAGGCAGGGCCCAGUUCUUGCCACACUCAGACUGCUCCCUGGCACGGCACAGCUAGGAUGACAGACAAAUGACCUGACUGAACAGCAGACCCUCCACUUGCUCCUUUCACCUCCUUCAUUCUUCUCCCUGCUGCCAUCAGCUGUAAAACUGAAUUUGUAACUAUUUAUUUUUAAUAAAGUCUAAUAUCCCAAGGGGAGGUUUGGAAGCAAAGGACAAAUCCCACGGCUGCAGCCUGGUAUAGAGACUGAUGAGGGUUAUUAGCGCUAAUGUUUGCUGUUUAUAUGGUGUUGGAGCCUGAAAGCUCCAGCACAAGGGCUCCCUUGUUCUGGGCCUCCCUGGUAAAGACCCACAAUAAGACACUCAGAGAAUUUGUUAGGGGAAGAAGGUCAUACAAAUGUGUGUACAGAGGGAAUCAUUUGCAUUAAAAUCACCAGUAGGAUGGGUCAAAAAAUUCUGCUUGCUUCGGAGAUGAGAGUUUUGCCCAGGGAAAAGUUAUAGUUAUGCUUGAUAAAGAGGCAGAGAUGUGCAAGACAUUGGUCUAGAUGGAAGGCCCAAAAAACCCAUAAAAAAGUCAAAGCCUCUUUUUUCGCUAGAGGCAAGUAGAGGGGAAAUUAGGGAGGUCGUCAACCAAAGCUAGACUUGUAACAUCACUUUGCUGUGAUUUCACAAAAGAAGUGAAAACCUGAUGAGCCUUUUCCUUCAGGAGCAGCAGAAUCACCCCUUCAAAACUUCAGAUGAGAUGAGGGCAGAAAGACAAACAGGGAGCUCAGGAAGCUGCUCUGGGCACCCAACAGAUGUGCUACAGGGGGAAAGGCUGAGGGAAUUAUGUCCCACCCAACCUCUGACCUAAAAGCAGAAAAACAGAGUCUCAAUAUCUAUCUGGAAUUGGUUUAAGAAGCAACAGAAAGAGGGGAAGAAGCAGAAGGAUAAGGAAGGAAAUAGCAGGACUGAGAGGAAGAAGCAGACACAGCAGGCAGGUGGCACAGGAGGAAGGGGAAAAGAGGAAGAGGAGGUGAGGUAAUAUGGAAGUGCGUUUCAGAAAGAGCACAGAUAGAUUAAUAAGACAUGUCUAGACCCAGUCACGGCCGUUUCUCAUCACAGGAUGUAGGUUCUGUGGGGAAGCAGCUCUCCUCUCCAGGUUGUUCCAUUCACUGGAGUAACUCCAUUCAGCACCACUCUCCAGGCCUGGCUAUGCAGCCAGUCUUCUACCCAGAGAACAGUGCACCCAUCCAAGCCAGACAAUUUCUCCAGGAGAAUGCCGUGGGAGACAGUGCCAAAGGCUUUACUGAAUUUCAGGUGGACUAUAUCCAGAGCCUUUCUUUCAUCCACUAAGCAUGUCACCUAGUGACAGGAGGUAGGAGGAGAUCAGGUUGCUCAAGUGGGACCUGCCUUUCCCAAACUCAUACUGGCUGGACCUGAUUCCCUGGUUGUGCUGCACAUGCUGUGUGAUGGCAAGGUGGUUUGCUCCAUGACCUUUCCUGACACUGAGGUCAGGUUGACAGGCCUAUAGUUGCCUGGAUUCUCCUUCUCGCCUUUCUUGUAGAUGAGUGUCACAUUGGCCAACCUCCAGUCACCCAGGGCCUCUCUGGUAAGCCAGGACUGCUGGUAGAUGAUAGAGAGUGGCUUGGUGAGCUCUUCUGCCAGCUCUCUCAGUACCCUUGGAUGAAUCCCAUCCAGCCCUGUUGACUUGAGAGUGUCUAAGUGGUGUAGCAGGUCACUGAGCAUUCCCUCCUGGAUCAUGAGGGCUCUGUUCUGCUCCCUGUCUUCCAGCUCAGGGGGCUGGGUACCCUGAGGACAACUUGUCUCACUAUUAAAGACUGAGGCAAAGAAGGCAUUCUUCCUUACUCUGUAGCAAUCCUUGGCUCCAGAGCCCAUCUGCCAGAGCAGUUUGCCUCAGAACCUUCACCGAAAUGAUGGAUACACCCAGUUUUGAACAGCCACCAUCUCUCCCAGCUCUGCCAGUUUUGAGGCAGAGCUGCCUCUCCUCAGAGCUCCAACAUUCCCCACUUGAGAACUGGGGUGCCUCUCUCAGCGCUAAUUUCAAAGGUUUGCUGGUUUAGGAAAUGAAGUCACUCCCUCCUUUCAUUAUUUACUUACUUCCCCCUGAGGGAAUAAGCAGGGGCUGGUAUUGAUCUGGCUUUUAAUACAGCUUUCAGAGUUGGGUGCCUGCCACUGGCCAUGGCAGUGGAAACAAACUAAUGGACCGAGAGAGAAGGACUUUGCGUGCGAGGACACGGGCAUUCAGGACACAGGCUGAGGUGGUGGCCUCCAGGAGAGGAGGAAUCCUCAUGCCUGGGCACCCUCCUCACUGACAUACAGCAUCCAUUGGAGGCAGAUGGCACUGCUUGGUGGGACAAAGUGCCCACUGCCCAUUAGCUCUUGGGAGGCUCAUCACCAAGGAGUGAGUGUCCAGAGAUGCCAGGCAAGGAUGGUGCACCAGGGCCAUGGGCAUGCACAGCUGGAGUGGCUGAGGCAACAAAGAGGUCAGCACUGCUGCUCCUCACAUCAGCUGGUGUGGCUCUUGGGGGAAAAAUGAGAAAAGGUAGGUAAAGCUGAGCAAACAAGCAUCAUGCAGCCACGCUGAUGUUCCAUCCCCCUCCAUGUGUCUGAACCUGCUGGCCCUUUCCAUGUCAUGUUUGGCAUCACAGUGGAGAAGAUACUGAGGCAUUGAGGAAUAUUCAGUUACCUGCUGUUCACAAUAAAAUUGUGAGAAAGCUU